AUGCAGAGGUCGCCUCUGGAAAAGGCCAGCGUCGUCUCCAAACUUUUUUUCAGCUGGACCAGACCAAUUUUGAAGAAAGGAUACAGGCAGCGCUUGGAAUUGUCAGACAUAUACCAUAUCUCUUCUUCUGAUUCUGCUGACAAUCUAUCUGAAAAAUUGGAAAGAGAAUGGGACAGAGAACUGGCUUCAAAGAAAAAUCCCAAACUCAUUAAUGCCCUUCGGCGAUGCUUUUUCUGGAGAUUUAUGUUCUAUGGAAUCAUAUUAUAUUUAGGGGAAGUCACCAAAGCAGUCCAGCCUCUCUUACUGGGAAGAAUCAUAGCUUCCUAUGACCCGGAUAACAAGGUGGAACGCUCUAUUGCCAUUUACUUAGGCAUAGGCUUAUGCCUUCUCUUUAUCGUGAGGACGCUGCUCCUGCACCCAGCCAUUUUUGGUCUCCAUCACAUUGGAAUGCAGAUGAGAAUAGCUAUGUUUAGUUUAAUUUAUAAGAAGACUUUGAAGCUAUCAAGCCGUGUUCUAGAUAAAAUAAGUAUUGGACAACUUGUUAGUCUCCUUUCCAACAACCUGAACAAAUUUGAUGAAGGACUUGCACUGGCACAUUUCGUGUGGAUCGCUCCUCUCCAAGUGACGCUGCUGAUGGGGCUGCUCUGGGACUUGUUGCAGGCCUUCACCUUCUGUGGCCUUGCUUUCCUUGUAGUCCUCGCAUUUCUUCAAGCCGGAUUAGGGAAAAUGAUGAUGAAGUACAGAGAUCAGAGAGCUGGAAAGAUCAAUGAAAGACUGGUGAUUACAUCAGAAAUUAUUGAAAAUAUACAAUCGGUUAAGGCAUACUGCUGGGAAGAAGCAAUGGAAAAAAUCAUUGAAAACCUAAGACAAACAGAACUGAAACUUACCCGGAAGGCAGCCUAUGUGAGAUACCUCAAUAGCUCAGCCUUCUUCUUCUCAGGGUUCUUUGUGGUAUUUUUAUCUGUGCUUCCUUAUGCACUGCUCAAAGGAAUCAUCCUUCGAAAAAUAUUCACAACCAUCUCAUUCUGCAUCGUUUUGCGCAUGGCAGUUACUCGGCAGUUCCCCUGGGCUGUACAAACUUGGUAUGAUUCUCUUGGAGCAAUAAACAAAAUACAGGAUUUCUUACAAAAGCAAGAAUAUAAGACAUUGGAAUAUAACUUAACAACUAUAGAUGUAGUGAUGGAGAAUGUGACAGCCUACUGGGAGGAGGGAUUUAGUAAAUUAUUUGAGAAAGCAAAAGAAAAUAAUAACAAUAGGAAAAUUUCCAAUGGUGAUAACAGCCUCUUCUUCAGUAACUUACUUCUCGGUGCUCCUGUGCUGAAAGAUAUCAGUUUCAAGAUAGAAAGAGGACAGUUGAUGGCAGUUUCUGGAUCUACUGGAGCAGGCAAGACUUCACUUCUCAUGAUGAUUAUGGGAGAAUUGGAACCUUCAGAGGGUAAAAUUAAGCACAGUGGAAGAAUUUCAUUCUGCUCUCAGUAUUCCUGGAUCAUGCCUGGAACCAUUAAAGAUAACAUCAUCUUUGGUGUUUCCUAUGAUGAAUAUAGAUAUAGGAGUGUCAUCAAAGCAUGCCAACUAGAGGAGGACAUCUCCAAGUUUGCAGAAAAAGACAACAUAGUUAUUGGAGAAGGUGGAAUCACAUUGAGUGGAGGUCAACGAGCAAGAAUUUCUUUAGCAAGAGCAGUAUACAAAGAUGCUGAUUUGUACCUAUUGGACUCUCCUUUUGGCUAUCUAGAUGUUUUAACAGAGAAAGAAAUAUUUGAAAGCUGUGUCUGUAAAUUGAUGGCUAACAAAACUAGGAUUUUGGUCACUUCUAAAAUGGAGCACUUAAAGAAAGCUGACAAAAUAUUAAUUUUACAUGAAGGUAGCAUCUAUUUUUAUGGGACAUUUUCUGAAUUACAAAAUCAGCGGCCCGACUUCAGCUCGAAGCUCAUGGGGUGUGACACUUUCGACCAGUUUACUGCAGAACGAAGAAAUUCAAUCAUAACUGAGACUUUACGGCGUUUCUCAUUAGAAGGAGAUACUUCUGUGUCCUGGAAUGAAACGAAAAAGCCUUCUUUUAAACAGACUGGAGAGUUUGGUGAAAAAAGGAAGAACUCCAUUCUCAAUUCAAUCAACUCUAAAAGGAAAUUUUCAGUUGCACAAAAGACUUCAUUACAAAUGAAUGGGCUCGAAGAAACUUCUGAUGAGCCUUUAGAGAGAAGACUAUCCUUAGUUCCCCAUUCUCAACCUGGAGAGGGGAUCCUGCCUCGGAGCAAUGCAGUCAACAGUGGCCCCACAUUUCUGGGAGGGAGGAGGCAGUCAGUUCUGAACCUUAUGACCUGCUCCUCAGUGAACCAAGGUCAAAGCAUUCAUCGAAAGACAGCGACAUCCACACGAAAAAUGUCACUGGCUCCUCAGGCAAGCUUAGCCGAAAUAGAUAUAUAUUCAAGACGGUUAUCUCAGGAUACUGGCUUGGAAAUAAGUGAAGAAAUUAAUGAAGAAGAUUUAAGGGAUUGCUUUUUUGAUGAUGUGGAGAACAUACCAGCAGUGACUACAUGGAACACGUACCUUCGAUAUAUUACUGUCCACAAGAGCUUAAUGUUUGUGCUAAUUUGGUGCUUAGUCGUUUUUCUGGCUGAGGUGGCUGCUUCUUUGGUUGUGUUGUGCCUAUUUCCAAAAAUACUUUUUCAAGACAAAGGGAAUAGUACUAAGAGUGCAAAUAACAGUUAUGCAGUGAUCAUCACCAGCACCAGCUCGUAUUAUAUUUUUUACAUUUAUGUGGGAGUAGCUGACACUUUGCUUGCUCUAGGACUCUUCAGAGGUUUACCACUGGUGCAUACUCUAAUCACAGUGUCAAAAACUUUACACCACAAAAUGCUACAGUCUGUUCUUCAAGCCCCUAUGUCAACCCUCAACACGUUGAAAACAGGUGGGAUCCUUAAUAGAUUCUCCAAAGAUAUAGCAGUUUUGGAUGAUCUUCUGCCUCUUACCAUAUUUGACUUUGUUCAGUUGUUAUUAAUUGUGAUUGGAGCUGUGGUGGUCGUCUCAGUUUUACAACCCUACAUCUUCUUAGCUACAGUGCCAGUGAUAGCGGCUUUUAUUCUCUUGAGAGCCUACUUCCUCCACACCUCUCAGCAACUCAAGCAGCUGGAAUCUGAAGGCAGGAGUCCAAUUUUCACUCAUCUUGUUACAAGCUUAAAAGGACUAUGGACACUUCGUGCCUUUGGACGGCAGCCUUACUUUGAAACUUUAUUCCACAAAGCUCUGAAUUUACAUACUGCCAACUGGUUCUUGUAUCUGUCAACACUGCGCUGGUUCCAAAUGAGAAUAGAAAUGAUUUUUGUCAUCUUCUUCAUUGCUGUUACCUUCAUUUCCAUUUUAACAACAGGUGAAGGAGAAGGAAGAGUUGGGAUUAUUCUAACUUUAGCCAUGAAUAUCAUGGGUACAUUGCAGUGGGCUGUAAACUCUAGCAUAGAUGUGGAUAGCUUGAUGCGAUCUGUGAGCCGAGUCUUUAAGUUUAUUGAUAUGCCAGCAGAAGAUGGUAAACCUAACAAUUCAUUCAGACCAUCCAAGGAUAGUCAGCUCUCAAAAGUUAUGAUCAUCGAGAAUCAACAUGUGAAGAAAGAUGACAUCUGGCCCUCAGGGGGCCAAAUGACUGUCAAAGACCUCACAGCAAAGUAUAUAGAUGGAGGGAAUGCCAUACUAGAGAACAUAUCCUUCUCAAUAAGUCCUGGCCAGAGGGUGGGUCUCUUGGGAAGAACUGGAUCAGGGAAGAGCACUUUGUUACUGGCUUUUUUGAGAUUGCUGAAUACCAAAGGAGAAAUCCAAAUAGAUGGUGUGUCUUGGGAUUCAAUUACUUUGCAACAAUGGAGGAAGGCCUUUGGAGUCAUACCACAGAAAGUAUUCAUCUUUUCUGGAACAUUUAGAAAAAACUUGGAUCCCUAUGGACAGUGGAGUGAUCAAGAAAUAUGGAAAGUUGCAGAUGAGGUCGGACUCAGAUCUGUGAUUGAGCAGUUUCCUGGGAAGCUUGAUUUUGUCCUUGUGGAUGGGGGUUGUGUUCUAAGCCAUGGCCACAAGCAGUUGAUGUGCUUGGCCAGAUCUGUUCUCAGUAAAGCAAAGAUCUUGCUGCUUGAUGAACCCAGUGCUCAUUUGGAUCCAAUAACAUACCAGGUCAUUCGAAGAACCCUAAAACAAGCAUUUGCUGAUUGCACAGUAAUCCUCUCUGAACACAGGAUAGAAGCAAUGUUGGAAUGUCAACGAUUUUUGGUCAUAGAGGAGAACAAGGUGCGGCAGUAUGACUCCAUCCAGAGGAUGCUGAGCGAGAAGAGCCUCUUCCGGCAGGCCAUCAGCCCCGCAGACCGCUUGAAGCUCUUGCCCCAGCGGAACUCGAGCAGGCAGAAGUCUCGCUCUAACAUUGCUGCUCUGAAGGAAGAGACUGAAGAAGAGGUGCAAGAAACAAAGCUCUAG